AUCAAACCUAAACAAAUCCUUAAUUAUCAUCUGUCCAUACAACUGCCGAAAUGGCAGCACGAGCGCUAGGACGACUCCGUCCAGACAGCUCUGCGCUGUUCGUUUGCGAUGUCCAGGAGAAAUUUCGUCCUCUCAUCGCGGGCUUUCCCGUCGUCAUAGACACCGCACGGCGUAUGGUCCAGGCUGCCAACGCGCUAGACAUUCCCGUCAUGGUCACCGAACAGUAUCCCAAAGCGCUGGGCUCCACCGUCUCAGAGGUAGCUGGGGUGCUGCCGGCCAGCUGCCCAGUCAUAGCCAAGACCCUCUUCUCCAUGUGCACCCCUGAUGUGGACGCAUGGCUAAAGUCCAAACCAGAUGUGCGACAGGUGAUGCUACUGGGUAUUGAGGCCCACGUGUGCGUCUUCCAGACCUCCCUGGAUUUGCUGGAGCGGGGCUACGAGGUGCACCUGCUGGUGGACGGCAUCUCCUCAUCACGACCCCACCACCGGGCGGCGGGGCUGCAGCGGAUGGCACAAGCAGGUGCCCUCAUCUCAAACAGCGAGAUGGCCAUGUUCCAGCUGGCCGCCGACUCCAAGCACCCUCGCUUCAAGGAGAUCAGCGCGCUGGUGAAAGAGGGCCAGUCGACGGAGCCCUUCCAGUUCACAUCCGCUUUGUAAACCCUUUUUUUAUUGAGGGAACGGACGAAGAGGACGUGGGCGUACUUUCAAUGCAUGUACAACGUCGUAUUACCGAGUUUAAAAGCAAAUCCUCAAGCUAUGAAAGGGAUCAAGUAGAGGAAAGGGCAGGAAGGAGUUGGGCUUUCGUUAUUGGAUUUAAAUGGAGAGAUGGGCUUUAUUGCAGGGGGAGAGGGAGUUCAGUUCACUGCAGCAUGUUUGCCCGUCUGUCCGUCUGUACAAACUGGAGGGCGGAUACCAGAGGACGGCGGAACGAACCCGGGAUUACAUUCCUUGGUGGUGAUGGUGUUGGUGAUGGGUGACUACUUCGGGAGUAGUUAGGUGUGAGGAGCUUGGAGAAGGUUAUGGGAUUCGGGAGUUAAAGGUGGACGGGGGGGAGAGGGACAUGGAGGGAAGCAGGAGGGAAAUGGGACAGGCAGCAGGAGAGGUGUGUGGGGUUGCUUCAGCCUACCGGCCGACGCACUGACCUUAACGACCUCACCUACCUGAACGCCAGCUGCAAAAGUUGGCCGCUGAAAAGGUCUUCGUAGAUGCUGGCGGAGCGCAUUGGCGCGUAUUUGUGGACGAUAUGUAUCCCAUACUAUGGACAGCUCCUACACCACCAGCACGGAUCAGAUGUUGAUGAGAUUGAGAUCGGAGCUGAGGUCUCCAGAAGGAGCGGAGAGACGGAUUUAGGCAAACGAGCAGCAGCAGGCUAAUUUGCAAGCGGCUAGGCAGUUAGGGUUUCUGUAUCCUUGGUGACUUCUUUCAUUGUGUACGCACACAUGCAUGAGUGUACAUGUUAGUUUCAUUUUGAGCGCAUACAUACAUACAUAUACAUGUGUUUGCAAUUGCUCAUGUAAAGCUGCUACAACGG